UUCUGACACCCAACUCUGCAACCAUGACCACUUUUGAUGAAAUCCUAGAGGAGUCAGGGAAUUUUGGUCGUUGCCAAAAGCGCAUUUUUGCUCUGCUAUGUAUGGUGUCGUUGCCUUUUUCUGGGGUCUAUGUGGGCAUUGUGUUCCAGGGGUUCACCCCAGAGCAUUGGUGCCGGGACUCAGUGGUGAGUCAGAUCCGGCAGAGCUGUGGCUGGAACCUGAUGGAUGCCAGAAAGAUCACCGUCCCUCUGGUCAACACCUCAGGAGUGCUGGUCCACAGUCAGUGUGAGCAGUAUGACCUGGACUGGAACAAUACAGGUCUGACCUGUGACAACCCAGAGUCUGACCUCACCGACGCCCAUCGCAGCAAAGCUCCCAUGACCUCCUGCAAGGAAGGCUGGGAGUAUGACUACGAAGGCAGGCAGUCCUUUGUGACCGAGUUUGACUUGGUAUGUAAUGAUGCCUGGGUGGUGGACAUGUACCAGGCUACACUGAAUGUGGGCUUCCUUGUUGGAAGCAUAACUUUUGGAUACCUGGCUGACAGGUUUGGCAGAAAAAUGAGCUUCUUGAUGUCCAACCUCUUGAAUGGGGUUGCUGGAAUACUUGUAGCAGUGGCUCCAAACUAUAUAUCCAUGCUUGUAUUUCGUACAAUCUUUGGCUUUGCUGUUAAAGGAGGCUGGAUGUCUGUAUAUGUGCUUAUCACCGAGCUAGUGGGAGUUGAGUACAGGAGGAUGGUGGGCGUGCUUUUACAGAUGUUCUUCAGUGUAGGCAUUCUCAUUUUGACCCUCAUUGCCUACCUCAUCACUGACUGGCGCUGGCUGCAGGUGACCUUCGCUGUUCCUUACUUCAUAUUUCUAACCUACUUCUGGUUGGUCCCAGAGUCUCCAAGAUGGCUUCUUUCUCAGAACAACUCAACCAAAGCUAAGGAGAUCAUUGAGGCAAUAGCGAAGGAAAACAAGAAAACCCUCUACAAAAACAUUGAGACGCUGAGAGACGACAAUGCACAGACCUCAACUGCCUCAUUCCUGGAUCUGGUCAGAACUCCAAACAUGAGAAAACACACCUUCAUCCUCAUGUUCAACUGGUUCACUAGUGCUAUUGUCUACCAGGGUCUCAUCAUGCGUGUAGGAAUCGCAGGAGGAAACGUGUACAUUGACUUCCUGAUCUCUGGACUGGUAGAGUUCCCUGCUGCCUUCCUAAUCCUCUUCACCAUCGAUCGUAUUGGACGUCGUCUUCCCUUUGCCACGGCCAACAUUGUAGCUGGAGUAUCCUGUUUCAUCACUGCUAUGAUCCCAGAUAGUCACUUCUGGGUCAAAACAGUUGUGGCCUGCAUUGGCCGGUUGGGCAUCACCAUGGCAUUUGAGAUGGUGGUGUUUGUGAACACUGAAUUAUACCCCACCUUUGUCAGGAACCUAGGUGUGUCAGUCUGCUCUACUCUGUGUGACAUCGGAGGCAUCGUGGCCCCGUUCCUGCUCUACAGACUGGCUACCAUCUGGCUGGAGCUGCCACUCAUCAUAUUUGGGGCGAUAGCGUGCAUAGCUGGAGGUUUAGUCUUGCUGUUGCCUGAGACCAGAGGUGUAAGACUUCCUGAGACCAUUGAUGACAUUGAGUUCCCAAACAGACACAAAGAAAACCAUCCGAAGAGUCAACAGCUGACAAAUCUCUUGCCCACUGACAUGACGACCAACAAAGAAGCUACAAUCGUCUGAUCGAUCUUGCUCCGCCUCUUCACAAGAUUGACAGCAUACUGAACUCACAAAUUUAUGUAGCUUAGCCUAUAUGUUUUUUUUGCAUUUGUUGUUUCCCAACACUAGCUGAUGUGAAUCUUUUCAUGUUUUUGAGGUGCUGCUAUUUAUAUGUAUUACUGUACAGGACAUCAUUUUAGAUCAUAAUAAGUAUCAUAAUAAUAAUUUAGCUGUUAAAAUACCCAAUGGGGAUUUCUAUUAUUGAAAACAAAUAUUUCAGUUGGAAAUCCCCAAAUAAUAUCCCUUAUCAUUCCUCCACUAGUUUUAUGGUAGAAAUUGCCAGAAAUGUCAUCUUCUCUAGUGUGCUUUGAGAAGUUUCUUAUUCUAAACUGUCUGUAGUUAUCCCAAAUGUUAAUA